AUGUUCAAGGUCGCCAUCCUCGCCUGCGUCCUGGCCGUGUCCCAGGCUGGAUUUCUCGGCGCCCCGGCGGUGCAGUAUGCCGCACCCGUCCACUACGCUGCACCUGCAGCUCUGACCUCGACCUCUGAUAACAUCUUGCGCAGCCAUGGAAACCUCGCUCAAGUCGCCACCCAAUCGAAGACCAUCGCUACUCCUUUCUCCAGCAGCAGCAAGUCCGACAUCCGCGUCAGCAAUCCCGCCAUCUACGCCCACGCCGCCCCCCUGGCCUACGCUGCACCUGCAGUUGCAUCCGCCCCGAUCUACGCUAAGGCCGCCAUCCCUGCACCUGUCAGCUACGGUGCACCUGUUGCCCACGGUGCAAGCCUCCUCGGCGUCGCUUACUCACCUGCAGUUGCUGUAUCUCACAUGACCUACAGCAGCCCCGUUGGCAUCUCCUACUCCUGGUAA